ACAUAUGUUUUGACUACAUCUCAUCUUCAUAUUAGUAAGCCUAGCUUAUGAAUAUGGAGCUUCAUCUUCUUCUUCCCAUCUUUACUUUAUUAUUCUGUCUUUUCAGAGAAAGCAAUGGUUCCCUAUCGCUAGAAUUUUACUGGAAAUCUAUGUUGCCAAACACUCCAUUGCCAAUAGCUCUUCAAGAACUUCUAAAGCCAGAAAAUAUAAGCGAUUUUUACAAGACAAGGAAGCAUUUGGAUGAUUUUGAGGAGAAUCCACAACAAAGGAUCGAUUAUAAAAUUGCGUACCCAGGAAUAAAAACAACAUUUGAUAGUAAUGUCAUAACUAACAAUACAACUACCACUAUAUUCUUCUUGCAUAACAAUCUUCUUCCUGAAAAUAAAUUUUAUCUUAAUUUUAGAAAAGCUAAUAAUAGUUCAAAUUUCUUGCCGCGUAAAAUUGCUCAAAAUAUACCCUUUUCAACCGAAAAAUAUCCCGAAAUUUUUGAAUAUUUUUCUAUAGAAUCCACAUCAAAAGAAGCUCAAAUGAUCAAGCAUGCAAUUGAACAAUGCGAGGCACCAAAAAUGAAGGGAGAAGAAAAAUAUUGUGCUACAUCCUUAGAAUCUUUAGUUGAUUUUGUGGUUUCAAAAUAUGGAAAAAAUGUCUUGGCUCUUGCUAAUGAUGUAGAAGAGGAGUACAAGAACCAAAAUUACACUAUUUCUCAUGGAAUUAGAAAAAUGAGUGAUUACCAAAUUGUGUGCCAUAAACAAAUUUAUUUGUACGCUGUGUUUUAUUGUCAUGUAACAACGGGGACACAGGCUUACAUGGUUCCGAUGGUAGGUGAUGAUGGUUCGAAAGCUAAAGCUGUUGUGAUUUGCCACUCCGAUACUUCAUCUUGGAACCCACAACAUUUAGCUUUUCAAGUACUAAAAGUUAAGCCUGGAGGAUCUUCAAUUUGCCAUUUUCUUAGUAGUGAUACAAUUGUUUUGAUUCCUAAUUAGUCCAAAAAAUAUGUACUUCACUCUUUGUUUUGAUAAACUUAGAUACAAAAAUAAAAAUGAAAAGAAAAAUUUAAAAUAAAAGCAAUAAAAAAAAAAUAUUAUAGUGAUAGAUUUAUUGCGGAAAAUACUUUUAAUUCACCAUUUUAUAUCA